AUGCCGGUUAAAAACUCGAAGGGUACGCAAUUGUUCGACGUUAAUGAAGGCGGUUACGAAAGGUUUGUCGGGUUGAAGGAGAGCUACCCAGGCCUCACUGCGACCAUUAGCAUUGGCGGCGAUGGCGAAGAGGUCACUAAGGUCUUCUCGCAGAUGGCCAGCGAUAAGGAGCGGAGAGACAAUUUCACCAAGAGCGUUAAAAAUCGUGUAAAGGAAUAUGGGUUCGAUGGUGUUGAUGUAGACUGGGAGUAUCCCAGUACCACUCAUGAGAAAGAAAAUUUUCUGUUACUGAUGAAGGAAUUACGGAUAGCCCUGGAUAACGUGAGCCAAAGCCUAGAGCUGACCAUGGCAGUUCCUAUCGUGAGAUACAGAUUGGAUGAAGGAUAUAACGUUACAGAACUGUGCAGGAUAGUUGAUGCAGUGCACCUUAUGGGCUACGAUCUGCGAGGAGAGUGGAAUCACCAAACCGACGUGCAUUCAAUGCUCUAUCGAAGGCCUAAGCUUGACUUUGGUAGUUACGAAGAAAUAAACUUGAGUGACGGUUCACUUCUCUGGGAGGAAUUUGGAUGCCCACGAGACAAGCUGGUGCUAGGAGUGCCCUUCUAUGGACGAAGCUUCACACUAUCUAAUUCUUCUGAACAUGGACUCCAUGCCCAGAUCACUGGGCUUGGGAAUCCAAGUCCUAUAUUAAGAGAUCCUGAAGUACUGACAUACUUUGAGAUCUGUGUAUUGAGGAAUGACUCUAAUUGGACAAGAGAAAGGGAUAAUAAAGAUUUAGUUCCUUAUAUGUACAAAGAAGACCAGUGGAUUGGGUACGAAGACCCCAAGAGCCUAAAGAUCAAGGUGGACUAUAUUCGAGAGCAUGGCUACCUUGGGGCCAUGAACUGGGCUAUUGACAAUGAAGAUUUCAAAAACUGGUGUGGCUUAGGGAUCAACUCCAUGAUGACAACGAUGCAUGAAGUUUUAACAGCUAUAUUUUAA